AUGACGGACCCCAGCAAACAAGACAUUUGUGCCAUAUUCAAGCGACUUCGCUCUAUUCCCACAAAUAAGGUUUGUUUUGAUUGCUCAGCUAAAAAUCCCAGUUGGGCCAGCAUCACCUAUGGCGUGUUUCUAUGUAUAGACUGUUCUGGGACACACAGGUCUCUCGGGGUGCACUUGUCCUUCAUCCGGUCUACAGAGCUGGAUUUUAACUGGUCUUGGUACCAGCUGAGGUGCAUGCAAGUGGGAGGCAACGCAAGCGCGGUGUCGUUCUUUAACCGGCAUGGUGGUGUGGACGGAGCCGCCAACGUCAGAUACAACAGCCGUACCGCUCAGCUGUACAGAGACAAAAUUAAGACACAAGCCACGCAAGCCACCAAAAGCCACGGCACAGAGCUGUGGUUGGACAGUCAGGGUUCAUGCACUUCACCCGAGGAGAAGCAUGUGGAUUUCUUCAGUUUCCACUCACAGGAUAUUCCAGAAAAUAUGGCCAAAAUGAGCCUCAGCUCUAUGGCAUCAGAGACGCAGCAGAAAGAAGAAGAAAACGGUAACUCUGAGGACGGUCCAAGCGUGGACAUGCUAAGUGCUUCCCCCAAGGCCAAUCCAGAACCUCUGUCUCUUCUCAAGAAGAAGCCGGGCCCCGCCAAAAAAACUAUGGCCGCCAAGAAAGGCGGUUUGGGCGCUCAGAAAGUGAGCAGUCAGAGCUUCAACGAGCUGGAAAAGAAAGCGCAAGCUGCAGACAAGCUCCGGCAGAAGGAACAGAAUGUAAGCGGCGACAAGAAGAACAACGUUCAACCUGCCGAGUCAAUUGCGCCAUCGAUGCGUCUGGCCUACAAAGACCUGGAUGAACAGAGGAAAAAGGACGAGCAGAAGCUGAAGAAUCUGGAUGGGAAAAAGCGUGAGCAAGCGGAGCGACUCGGAAUGGGGCUCGGCGUGAGAAGUGGAGUGUCUCAUUCAGUCACAUCAGACAUGCACAUUAUCGAGCAAGAGCGGCCCAUGGCGUCCAGAACGAGCAUGCCUUCACAUUUCCUUGAGGAUGACGACGACGAAGACGACGGAAGCUUCACCAAAGGGUUCAUUUCUCGUGACAGCCAAAAUGACUCUUUAGACUCUUUCUCCUCCAGAUGGAAGAAGAAACCCGAACCGGACUUCUUCUUGACGUCCGCCAUCACCUCCCUAGACGAAAGGCCCGCCACCCGCAGAAAAACGGAACCUGGACCGCCCUUAGACACGGGAGAAGCUCGCAGGAAGUUCGGCGAGGACGUCAAAGCCAUUUCUUCCGACAUGUACUUUGGAAAACAAGAAGGCGCAGAGUAUGACGCAAAAACGCGCCUGGACAGAUUCGCCGGGAGUUCGGCCAUUUCUUCUGCUGACCUGUUCGACGAUCAAAAGAAGCAGCCUUCUAGCUCGUACCGCCUGACCAACGUGCUGCCCAGGGCUCCCGACAUGACACAGCUGAAAAUGGGGGUGCGCAACGUCGCCGGGAAGCUGUCUGUCAUGGCUAGUGGCGUCGUCAAUACCAUCCAGGACCACUACAGCUCAUGA